AGAGCACACACACACACACACACACACGCCGAGGGUAUAUAGGGACCUGGACGCAUCGCGCGCGGACAGACCAGAUUACAGUCAGGAGAGUCGGUGGGGGGUUCCGUUAAACUAGCGACCACAGCAGGAGAGGACGCCACUUAUUAAGAUAAAAUUGUAUUAUUUCAAAAGGAUCAAUAAACGAAAUCAACACAAAGUAACAAAUGAACACGGGGACUUGGGCAGGACUGAAGGACGAGGACUGAACAGUGACCAGACACAGAGACGGUGGAGGAAAAGCAGAUCUGCAGGAGACAGAGGAGGUGUUUUAUCUGUGAAGGAGACGCAGAGGAGGUGUUUUAUCUGUGGAGGAGGUGGCAGCUGGAUUAGCUGCUACUGAGAGGAAGGACUGACGCGAGUGAACGAGUGUGUGUGAGAGAAGCAAAGAGGGGAAGAGAGAGACAUCGGACCUGAGGGAGAGGAGCCGCCGUGCGUGCGCGUGGUUCUCGGAGGGAUUAUCCUGCUGACCCGUGCGGUCAGUCCAUCGGGAGCGGUGCUGUUGCCUUGGAUUUGGGCUCCGGGUCUUCCUGCUCUCUAGCGCCGCGCUACGCUGACCCGAGGAGGAAGAGGAGGAAAGAGUCACGAUGAAGUACAGCAGCUACAGCUUCCCCCUGGCGCAGUACUCCCCCACGCGCUACAGCAGCUACACGCCAUCGUCCACCUACACGCCCUCGGCGGUCAGCAGCUACUCGGCCGCCACGCAUUACACGCCCACGUCCCACCUCACUUCCUCCCACUACACGCCCACCCACUACUCGUCCUCGUCCACAGCGUCCAAGUACCUGCCGUCCAGCUACUCGUCCUCCUACACGCCGUCCCUCUACACACCUGUGGCGCACAAGUCGCUGUCCUCGUACACGUCCCUGUCAUCCUACGUCAAGCCGCCACGGUACACGUCCGCCCGGGAGGCGUCCGCCGAGACCAGGCAGACCGCCCGGAGAGCUUCCUCCACCAGGGCCACUGAGGCCAGGCAGACCUCCGCCCGGAGGACCUCCAUCAAGAGCACUGCCGCCCCCACCAGCGUUGCCGCCGACGACAACGCCACCGCCAUCACCGGGGCUGACCCCGACUCCACUGCCACUGACCCUGACGCCACUGCCACUGACCCUGACGCCUCCCCACAGGUGGUCGUGAAGCCCGUGCGCAACGUCCGCUUCCCCAACGACAUCAUCUUCCAGGACUUUGUGCGCCAUGGCGACCUGGAGCAGAUUGGACGCUUCAUGAGGGCUCGCAAGGUCCGGCUGGACAAGUUCUUCCUGUCCGGCAUGGCAGCGCUCCAUGAGGCUGUGCUCUCUGGGAAUCUGGAGUGUGUGAAGCUCCUGGUCUUCUACGGAGCCGACGUCCACCAGAGAGACGAGGACGGAUGGACACCACUACACAUGGCCUGCAGCGACAGCUUCCCUGAGAUCGCCAAGUACCUGAUAUCCAAGGGUGCGGGUACCAAGGCCGCCAACGCUAACGGAGACAGGCCCGCUGACCUCAUCGACCCCGAGUGCAAAGAGCUGGUCGAGAUGUUCAAGGUCGGCUGUAUCUGAGGACCGGCCCUCCGUCUCUCUGUCCGUCCAUCUCCAGCUCUCUCGGUCAUUCGGCCUUUCGCCCUCUCUCUUCUCUGGGAAGGACUGGGCUGGAAUAUGAGAAGGAUUCAACCUGAGAAGGACACAUCCUGAGAAGGACACAUCCUGAGAGAGAAGGAAACAGCAUGAGAGAGAAGGACACAUCCUGAGAGAAAAGAACACAGCAUGAGAGAGAAGGACACAUCCUGAGAAGGACACAGCCUGAGAGAGAAGGAAACAGCAUGAGAAGGACACAUCCUAAGGGCCUACACCAGAAUCUCUGAUGAGGUGUCUGUCCAGUGCUGGAUUGAUGUGUGUGAUGUGUGUGUGUGUGUGUGUGUGUUUGUGUCUGUUUCUGUGUGUGUAUGUUUGUGUGUCUGUAUGUGUUUGUCUGUGUGUGUGUGUGUGUGUGUGUGUGUGUGUGUGUGUAAAAUGCUUUAGUAGGAAACACACCAGUAGUUAGUUUAUCACAGCUCACACACCCUCUGCUCUACCACUACCACUGUGCCCACACACACACACACACACACACACACACUCCCUCUCCUGGGUGUUUGCAGCGUCUAGUCCCACCUCCUCUGUGUCCUACUGCCUGAAAAGUGGCACACUGCCACCUGCCUCAUUUGGCCUCAGCAACAGCAGCGGCUGCAGUACACACACACACACACACACACACACACACACACUUCCUCAUGAAGAUGUCAAAUGUCAAAGCCGCGUCUUAAUCAAAUUACUCAUGAAAUGCAGUGCUCUCCACGCUGCAAUCAGAGAUCAGAUGGAUGCCGACACACACACACACACACCAGCUCUCAGACUGCGAUCAGAGAUCAGAGGAAGGCCGACAGCACGAGGUGUGAACCAGGAAGCUCAUGUUGACCCCUCGUGUGGAGUGGUCGUCACCAUGCCAUGGGAGUGACUCGUGUGUGGCAGUCCGCACACACACACACACACAUACACACAAACACACACACACACAAACAUACAUACACCCACACACACACACCCACACACACACACAUACACACAAACACACACACACACACACACACACACACACACACAUACAGCCACAGGGAGUUGUGUGCUGCAACAAGGACGCUAAUUUGCUGUGACCACCUCGCAGCUCGUACAGUAGUGGAACUUUGUUUGGAAAUGGAUUUGGUCAGAUAAGGGUCAGACCUGCACACACUCACACACACACACACACACUCUAUCUUUCUAUGCUUCUGCUGCGUGAGCUCUCAUUUGCCUGCUCUUAACACUGAGACAGGAAGUGAUGUGUGUGUGUUUCCUCUGCGGGGCAGUUGGAGACCACGCCCACUCCCUCUGCUACCAAGUGGACGGUGUGUCCACGCGGCGGCCAUGUUGCUUGUGACGUCACUGGUGCUGAAGCGACGGGUCACUCUGGGAAACGUCUGGGCGUCAAGUGCACAGUGCACCAGACCAGGUGCACCCUGGGUAAUGUCUGCGCAUUAAGUGCACAGUAUACCUGAAGACCUGCUGAAUGUCUCCAAAAGUCUUAUUUUUCUGUUUGAUUUUGUUUUAUACAUUUUCAUAAAUAAAGCUGCUUUUUAUAACAAUCA